GUACAUCAUAUAUCUGUGGCAGUGCAUAUGGAAGAAACGUAAAGGCGGAAACAAGAACAUUUUGACUUGCAAGGCAGGUUCUGACCCUGGAUGCUGGAGGUGAGAGGGAUGAUCAGCAGGAUGUGGAGGAGAGAGAGAGCACAGCGUCCUCAAGGGGGCAGCAGUCUUCCAGAAAAAAGUGGGAAGUCACAGGCGAUCCAGGAACACAGAGGCACAUGUGAGGAUAAAAGCCACUCAGCCACCAGAAAGGAGCCUCCAGGAAACCAGCGAGGGGGCGAGCUCAUGGCCCGAAGUCUGGGAGGUGCAAAACCAAGAGCAGUCAAGGGGAGUGGGCCUUUUUUCUUUGUGGGAGGCAGGAACGGUGCCCUCAUCGUGACAGCAUAUUGUGAGAGCAAAGGGUGGCACCACCUACAUGACAAGAGGAGAAGUGAUUACAUACUCAAGUGGUGUGAGAUCAAGUCAAAAAUCACCUACAACAGUUUCAGGGAAGGACAACAGCUGCUGUAUCAGAUCCCAAACAACAGUGUGCUGACCACGAAGAUCGGGCUCCUGAACAGCUUGAGAGAAUAUGACAGGGUCAAUAGCAAGAUCCUACAUAGCCGUGGACUGAGGAAGCUGAAGAUGGAGGAGUUUAUCCCAGAAACAUUUCGCAUGGAUGUUAGAGAUGAACAGGAAGCAUUCUUUGCGCAGCUAGAAGCCUAUAUGAGUGGAGCUCAAUCCAUUCCAUGGAUCUGCAAGCCUACGGGACUGAAUCAGGGGCAGGGUAUCUUCUUGCUGAGGACAGAAGAGGACAUCAGGGUCUUUCAAAUCCAGCUACAGGGUUUCAAAGAUCACCAAAUUUCCAGGAAGCUACGCCACCAGCAGCCUUAUAUUGUUCAAAGGUACAUCCAGAACCCUCUGCUUCUCAAAGGCAGGAAGUUUGAUGUGCGAUCCUACCUUCUAAUUGCUUGUACUACACCCUACAUAGUGUUCUUUCGACAUGGAUAUGUACGACUGACCUGUGACAUCUAUGAUCCAAACUCCAGCAACCUUUCUACACAUUUAACCAAUCAGUACAUGCAGAAGAAGAAUCCACAGUAUAAAGUGCUUAAGGAGGAUACAGUUUGGUCUAUGGAGUCCCUCAGUGCCUAUCUCAAUGAGCAUCACUGUCAGGAUAAGGCCCUCUCACAAGACUGGGUCUUUGGAGCUUUUACAAAGCGCAUGCAGCAGAUUGUACUGCAGUGCUUCAUGGCAGCGAAGAACAAGCUGAAUAGAAAGCUAGGCUACUUUGACCUCAUUGGCUGUGACUUCCUGAUCGAUGAAGACUUUAAGGUGUGGCUCCUGGAGAUGAACUGCAACCCCGCACUGCACACCAACUGCAGGGUCCUGAAGGAGAUGGUGCCUGCUGCUGUUUUUGAGACCCUGGACAUAACCCUGGAGAUCUUCAAUAAGUGCCGCUGUGGCCUCCCUGUGUUCCCACUGUCCAGCCAGAGGGAGUUUGUCCUGCUCUACAGUGGAGAGGAUAAGCCUGCCCUCCACCAGAGCAGCAAUGCGCGUGGGCCUGCCCUCCCCGAAGGCAGCAGUGUGCGGGGGCCUGCCCUCAGGCAUGUGGGGCUUCCUGGACAGACACCGAGAAGGGAGGCCGGCAUCAGAAGGCCUGCUAUGGUGCAGCACAACCAAGCUGAGAAAACUCUUAAGCUACCCCAGUGCUGCACAAAAAUGCCUCCUAAUGCCCAGACAACUUUUACUGACAAAAGCACUGUGAUCUCAAGGCCGGUAUCCACUUUCUCCACAGCAUCUCGCUCCACAACCAAGCACUGGAAAUCCAAACCUCAGUAAAUCUCAUUCAAAACUGGCUCAGGUCCAGCAGCACUCACAGGUGUGAGGGGCAAGGGGUCGCUACUAUGAGGCGCAAGGCUAACAAAGAACGGAUGUUACAUUUGGGGGCUGUGGUUCCGAUUAAGACCCUUAGAACUUCAUCACAAAACACUGUAGUCUAAAAUUGAAGUCAAGCUCAUACCUGGGACUAGAUUUUUAGUGACUCAAAAAUAAUGAUUAUAUUGUGUGGUGUUUAUUUUAGAAAAAAGACUUUCCAGGUGAACAAGAAUUUAGCUGUAUGCUUCAUCAGUCAAAACAGGAUCCUUGCAUUGUACAAUAAUAGUGUAUAAGACUCAGUGCUUAAUAAUGUAUAAUGCAAACUGUGCAGCUAGACUUUAGUUUUCUUCCAUCUACUAUUUUGGUUCUUUGUGUGAUAAAGCCAAAAUUGCACCAAACUUGAAUAAGUAAAUUUGGUUCAGAGAAAUUUGAAUCUCAGUCCUGGAUUUGCAUCAUUGUUUAUUUUUCUACAUAAUAUACAUUUCACAAUAAUUAAAACCAGUAUUUAGUUAUUUCAAAAUAUUAAGAAUUCAAAAAAAAGAGUACAUGAUAAUAUACAAAUGUUACCACCAUAAAUUGAGCAAGGUGUAAUUUAGUAAAAGGCCAUACUGAAAUGCAGAAAAGGUCUAGCUUUGUUGACUUGUAAUGCAGCAGUAUUUACUGUAGUUCCUUGAAUACAGCUCGUUAUUACUAAUAGUAUUACUGUCCUUUUUUAUGAUUUUAUUCAUAUUGGUUAAUAUUUAAAGGUUCCGCAUCGCAGCUAAAGUUUGCAAAUUUCUAAUAUAAUUCUCUGUACGUUGCAGCCCGUAUGCUCUUUGUGUAUAAUUCAACUUUGUCUCAAACUUGUGUUA